AUGGCAAAGACCCUCAUUGUCGCCGGCUUUGGCCCGGGCAUCUCCACCUCCGUAGCCCGCAACUUUGGCAGUCAGGGCUACUCGGUCGCGCUGCUGUCCCGCACGGCGGCGAAGCUGGAAGCGGGCGUCAAGGACCUGGAGGCCCAAGGCAUCAAGGCGGCCGCGUACCCCACAGACCUGACUGAUGCAAAGGCCGUCGCCGCCUCCAUCGCCAAGGCCAGUGCAGAGCUGGGGCCCGUGGGCGCCCUCUUCUGGAACCCAUACGGUCAGCCGGUGAGUUCGCUGGAGGGGGAGCCCGAGAUCUUCACCGCAAACUUCCUCGCCACGGUCACGGGGCUGGUGGCCGCGGUGCAGGCGGCCGAGGCUGACCUGGAGCAGACUGGCGGCGCAGUGCUCGUCACAGGCGGCGGGCUGUCCCUUGAGAACGACGGCUCAACUGGCGUCGCAGUCUCAUG